UGGAAUUGAAUAGACGCACGCGAGAUGAGACCCGGGUACAAAAUGUAUCAUGCAUGUUCUCCAUCUAAAAUGAGCGUUUAUAAUCGACAAAAUGGCCUGUUUUAGAGCGGUAUUUACUCCUUUUUGCUCAGGUGUUUCCUCCAAACGAUAGGAAAUGUUGGAUUGUCUGAGCUUCAAACAUCUGGCGAGAGGAGGAUGUGCAUCUGAAUCCGAGCAGAUAACGAUGUGACUGAUACUGCAUCAUUCAUUUCAUCUAAACUUCAGAUAAACAUGAAGGGUCUGCUUCCAUACUGACAUGUUUGCUAGUGACCUUGCAUACUGGCCGAACAUGCCCUCUUUACUCUGUAACUGCAAGAAGAAGAAGAAUGCUUUAUUCCUCCCCUAAUCCACCCGUGGCUUCAGGGCAGCCUAGCGCCACCCUGUACCCCCCACCCAGGGCAUUGACCCAGUCAGUGGGCACAAGAGCCAUGGAGAAUUUGUCAUCAAAAGACAACGGCUUACUGGACUUCAGGACUCUAUCAGAAUACGUAACACCUACAUCAGUGUGGCAGGACACCGUGCAGGGCCUGAACCUGCCCCUUCAGGUCGUCUUCUGUUUGGUCAUCAUCUGUGUGCUGCUGCUGGCCUUCCUCGGCAACAUGGUGGUCUGUGUGAUGGUUUACCAGCGAGCCGCUAUGCGCUCGGCUAUUAACAUCUUGCUGGCCAGUCUUGCCUUUGCUGAUAUGAUGUUAGCGGUCCUCAACAUGCCCUUUGCCCUCGUCACCAUAGUGACCACGCGCUGGAUCUUUGGGGAGGUGUUUUGCCGUGUAUCGGCUAUGUUCUUCUGGAUGUUCGUGAUGGAGGGUGUGGCUAUUUUGCUGAUCAUCAGUGUGGACCGCUUCCUGAUCAUCGUACAAAAGCAGGAUAAACUCAGUCCACGCAGGGCCAAAGUGUUGAUCGCAGUCUCAUGGUCUCUCUCGUUCUGCCUCUCCUUCCCUCUUUCUGUUGGCCAUCCUGCCCUGUACAUUCCCCCCAGAGCACCACAGUGUGUUUUUGGAUACACGGUUGAUCAUGGAUACCAUGCCUACGUGAUGCUAAUUAUGUUGGUUUUCUUUUUUGUACCCUUCCUGGUGAUGCUGUACACGUUCAUGGGCAUCCUAAGUACACUCCGUCACAACGCACUGCGCAUCCACUCCUACCCCGACUCGGUCUGCCUCAGCCAGGCCAGCAAGCUGGGUCUCAUGAGUCUGCAGAGGCCCUUUCAGAUGAACAUUGACAUGAGCUUCAAAACACGUGCCUUCACCACAAUCCUCAUUCUUUUCUCGGUCUUCACCGCAUGCUGGGCUCCUUUUGCUACCUACAGCCUACUAUCCACCUUCAGUAGUACAUUCUACUACAGGCAGAACUUCUUUGAGAUCAGCACGUGGCUGCUGUGGAUCUGCUACCUCAAAUCAGCCCUGAAUCCUCUCAUCUACUACUGGCGUAUCAAGAAGUUUCGUGUCGCCUGCCUUGAUCUAAUGCCCAAGUACUUCAAGUUCCUCCCACAGUUGCCUGGCCACACUAAGAGACGUAUCCGCCCCAGUGCAGUUUAUGUAUGUGGGGAGCAUCGCUCUGUGGUAUAGCAGAGGACUUGUGUCUUUUUGUAAUUCUUAUGGGACAAUCUUGACAAGCUGUGAUAUGUUUGAUCUUUCUUAAAAGGCAGGAUGAUUUAGCUAUAAGAGAUUUUACAGAUGGUUUACAGAGCCUGUACAUUAAACAACUUUAAUAGCACAUUGUUUUUACAUCUUAAAGGAAUAGUUCAACCAACAAUGAUAAUUCGUAUAACAUCUUCUGCGGAACACAAAUAAAGAGGUUUUCAAAGAUGUUACUAUAUGAUGUGUUCAUAUCCAUACAAUGCAAGUCAAGGGGGUCCAACAUUUCCAAAGCUCCAAAAUGGACAUAAAGGCAGCACAAAAGUAAUCCAUAUGAUGCAAUCCAUGCCUUCUGAAGAGGUACGAUCGGCUUUGGGUGAGAACAAUCCCAAAUGUUGCAAGACGAUAACAAUUUGUAAGAGUUUGAUACUGAAUAAAGGUGCGGUCACACAUACCUUCACAAUGAGAAUUUUGUUGGGGGCUGAUGUUGAGCGUGUGAAAUCUCUUUUAAUGCUGCACUUUAUACUCCGUGAGAGUGAUGUUAAAAAGAAACACCACUAAAAUGAUAUCCUUAUCCAUUGUGAAUAUUUAGUGACCUCUGUGUGCAAAGCACCGCCCACACAGUGGUCACUGCCAAUUCAAGCAACUUCCCAUUGGUCAAUGUGGCGAAAUUCACCUGUCAAAGUUCACCAAACCUGAACUCCACGUGAAAUCCGCGAGUGGAAAUUCUUUGGCACUGGAACUCAAUUGUGCGAAAUGCACGAUAGCGCGUAUUCCCAUUGAGAUGACUGUAUUUUGACUGUGGAAUUUUGCCAAACGAAGAGAUGUGUGACUGCGCUUUAAGGCCAAAAGUAUACUACGUUACAGGGCGCGUGAUGCAAAUCUCGUCAUCAGCAGUGUGCUCGAGCACUAAACGCACUCGCAUCCCAGUUUUCCUUAACCGCGUGUCUUAGAAUGCGUGAUGUGUGCGUGAGGAGGUCUGGAAAUACCUGCAUUUGUAUAACUCAGUCUGAAGGAAUAUAAAGAAAAUGGGUCUAAACUCCUGAAGAGAAAGGCCGGUAUCUCAUAGCGGGCAUGCGCCAACCACCUGUGCAUGCAAUUAUAUGGAGAAUAUUUUGAAAGACUCUCAUUCGACUGUAUGCAGACGCUGAGCGUUCGCAUCAAAUUGGAAGUAUACCUUGAGUUUAAGAGUGAGUAAUUAUCAUUUUUUGGGUGAACUAUUCCUUUAAUAGAAUUUAGAACUUACUAGAAGUUUGUUCUGUACAUACCAGUAAGGUGCUGCUAUAUUUGGUGAAAAUGUGCAAUUUUCUGUUUUAUGAGAUGAAUGUAAUAAGAUUUUAUGUGCUGUAUUUGUUUCUAAGUUUUGUGAUCUCAUUUUAAAAUUGGAAAUUUCUAUUUAAUUUUGUUAUUGAACAUUUUCAAUUAUUCUAUUUUACCUUGUUAGGUGUUGAAAAAAAAAGUUAAAAAGUAUUUGACCUGUAAUAAUAAAGGCUGAAGCAUGUUCAUUUUAAACAUGUAGAUGACGGAGACAAAACUUGAUUUUUUUGUCAUGUUCAUUGGAUAUUUAACAUCUACUCGGAUAUUGAAAACCUGGAAAUGUCAGGGAAUUGUGAUUUCCAUG